UUAUUAAUAAAAUGUACAGUUACAACCGAUCUACUCUGAACGACUCAGUGUCUGCGAUUAUUUUACUGUUUUAGUUAACAAAGUUUUUGUGGUUUAAUAAAAGUGGGUAAAAAAAUUAUAUUACAUCGUAAAAUAUAUUUAAGAAUACCUAAUAUACGAAGAGGCAGGGAAAUAUGGCAAACUUACAAAAUCCUGCUGAAGAAAUAUCAGAUUCAGACGAAUUUUCAAUAACAACAGACUUAGAAAUAAACAUCGAGACUGCACAACAAAGACUGAAGGAAUUUGUAUACUACAUCGUCGAAAACGUAGAAUUCAAUUUAAAUUUUUGCCUACACCUACUAGAAGAACGCCCUCUACCUGCUAGACCAACUAGUAUACAUGUCACUGCAUUGAGCCUACUAUGUUCAGCAAUCCCCAAUUUGCCUAAAUGGGUGGGAAGUGCCCUGAAAACGGGAGAAACUACAAUUUUUCGAAAAAUCGAAAAGAAAAAUUCUAGGAUACUCGCCGACUUGGUUUAUUAUUUCAGCGAUCACAAACUAGAAUUAAGAGAAACCAUCAUCGAUGCUGCACUGGAAGUUUUCAGUAAUUUUGAAAUUCAAUUUAUGAAGCUAACUUGCAAUGGUGGGGAAAAACGGGCCAUGCAAAAAAUUAGCCAUAGACGCGUCUGACAGAAUUUUCAAUUAUUUUCUCAUGACCGAACAGAAUAGGGAAAUUACAAAAACAGAAAUAAUCAAAGGUAUCAUUUAUGGAGACUCUAAAAGAAAUAAAAAAGGAAUUAAAGAAGGAAAACAAGUUUCCUUUGAUGAAACCAAAUGGAAAACGUCUAAACUAUACGCAAAAGUAGGUAUAAUAAUAAGAAACAAUUCGAAUAACAGCUUAUUUUACAAAACUGACAACACAAAUCCAAAAAAAUACGGAUACAGAAAAAUAUUUUCCUGGGAGAAUCCUGAUGAAAUUAUGAAAAGUUGGAUAUUAGACGAUCAUUUCGAAAUCCCAAAUUACUACUUAGAAAUUACAGACGAUUUAAAACAAACUGUUUAAAAACUAUAUUAUGACUAAAAAUCCUCACGAAGAUGCUAAAUUAGAAAUGAAAACAGUAUCACGAACAAGCCAGUGAUGACAGAGAAACUAAACACGAUGAACUUCUUAAAAUGUUAAAAGACCGUUUCAAAGAACUAUUAGCUGGAGUGGUACAAUUGAUGGAAAAAUGUCAGUAAAAGCAACGAAGAAACAAUAUAUUUACUCGAAACCGUUACAAAGAAUCAAGAAGAGGACAGCAAAAAAACAGGGAAGAAGUAUUUAUGAAGCUAAGUGAAGUCCACGUCGAUGUUAAAGAAACCAAACAAACACAAGAAGUUCUAGUUAAAAAUACCGAAGGUAUCCAAACUGAAAUAACCUCUAUCAAAAGUUAAUCAACAAGAAAUGGCUUUAGAAGUGGUAAAACAAGAAGAUAUCGCAUUUAGAGAAACUUUAAGAGACGCUGAUCCCAGUAAUAGAAUUAAGGCUGAAUUAAAAAGAACUGAAAAAAUAGUUAGAGCUUUUAUUAAAAAGAUAUGAAUGAGAAAAGUAUCUCCAUUGCUUUAUAAUUUUUUUACGCAAUUUCAUUUUUUAUACAAACGAAUGAAUGAAUUUUAUUACCAAUUAAAAAUAUUUUUAUAACUCUGUUACGAUUAAAUUCAGAUUAUACCGCCUGAUUUUGUUAUACUGGAAAUAGUAAUAAUAAAAUAAAAUAAAUUUAUAAAUUCUAGUGCCAUCUAAGUUUAACGCCUAGAAAUUCAGAUCGACAAAUGAAGAAAAUUUAUAUGUAUGUCGUGACAUCUAUCGUUUAGUAGCGGCACAUUUUGUUGUGUACUACAGAACCCUAUUCUGAAGAUUUGAAAGUUUUAUAACUUAUUGUAGAUGGCUCUAUGAAUAUUAAAAUCAAAUAUAUUAUGAAACUCAAAAACGUAUUAGGAAUAUUUUAUUACUGUAAAUAUACCCGAAGGGGAAAACUUAAUUGAAAAAUAAAAAUUUUGAA